GACCCCCCCCCCCGACACGUGACCCGGGGCCUGGCUCAUCACGUGACGCAGGGCCUGCAGCGGGCCGGGGGUGGGGGUCCCCGGGGCGCUCCCCGGCUGCCCCUAGGCAAGUGACGCGUGACCGUCGCGACGGAGGCCGCCGCAGGUGGCAUCGCAGGGCUCUGAGUUUCGCCAGUCGGCUUCCUCCGGGAAGCCCGCCUGGAUUGAAGGAGACAACUUUUAAUCCAGAUGUGUGUUCACUCAGACGUUCUGGGAUAUAUGAAAUAAGUGAGGAACUAAUCACUUGGAAACUGUCCGAAGCAGCACUGGCUGGGCGCACAGCAUGGCGGAAAAUCGAGAGCCCCGCGGGGCCGUCGAGGCUGAGCUGGACCCGGUGGAGUAUACCCUUCGGAAGCGGCUCCCCCACCGCCUGCCCCGGAGACCCAAUGACAUUUACGUCAACAUGAAGACUGACUUUAAAGCCCAGCUGGCCCGCUGCCAAAAGCUUCUGGACGGAGGGGCUCGGGGUCAGAACUCAUGCAGUGAGAUCUACAUUCAUGGCUUGGGCCUGGCCAUCAACCGUGCCAUCAACAUUGCUCUACAGCUUCAGGCGGGCAGCUUCGGGUCCUUGCAGGUGGCUGCCAAUACCUCCACCGUGGAGCUCGUCGAUGAGCUGGAACCAGAGACUGAUACCCGAGAGCCGCUGACCCGCAUCCGCAACAACUCGGCCAUCCACAUCCGUGUUUUCAGGGUUACACCCAAGUAAUCCAAAUGAGGACGGCGUUGCCCACCUACCCCCAGGUAGCUAGGCUCAGAUGUGGCUCUCCUUGUACUGAAUGUGGCCAUGGACCUCCUACCAGAGCCACGUAAGAGAAAGCCUGUUUCCCUUACAGCCCAGAGGACUCUGAACUGAGGGAAAGAGUAUUGUCUCUUGUUGGGCCCAAGCCGUGGGUCUUACCGUCUUUGUGGUCUGUAAGCUUUGUCAUCGACAAUAAAAAAUACCAAGUUGUGUUAGUAUGCAGCUACCCCA